GUCUCGGCGGUUAGAAAGAAGCAGCCCGAGCGCGCAGCUUCGCUCAGCUGUAAGCGAGGAGCGCCGAUGAAGCUCCAGCCACGCUGAGCACUCACAACAAAUACUCAUCAUUCAUAUCAAUAAUAAGAAUAAGAAUAAGAAUAACAAUAAACGUGGAUGUUGGAGCCCCCCCCACCCCUGGGAACAUGGAAGCUUCUUUUUGAGCAUGAUGAUGAUACUGAGCUGAGGCACGCAGAGUCCAGUGAAGGAGGUGAUCAACAUCUGGGAUGCUCUGGUCCAUCAAAGACUUCCAAGCAGAUGACGAAGGUUUCUCCUCCAUUCGGAUGAAAGUGACCCAAAGGAGAAGAAUGUUGGCCAAACACGAAAAUGAGACCUUUGAUGGUGAAAAUCCUCACAAGUACACCGUCUCCAAUUCUAAAUGAACGCGACUCCAUCCAUGACGAGGCGACGGCUGAACGGACUCGCUCUGGUCCUGAAAACAAGAUUGCUCCAGCUGAAUUGAAACCGUAGCAACGUGAACUUCUCUUUGUUGGCAUUUUUUUGGGUUCCCUAGACAUGACUCGAAGGGAGGCACGGAUGGCGAGCAGCGCGCUGCUUUGGUCGGCAGCCAUUGUUUAUUUGACCCACGUGGGUCAAGUCAGCGGAGACUGCUGGUUAAUCGAGGGCGAAAAGGGCUUUGUGUGGCUCGCGAUCUGUAGCCAAAAUCAACCACCGUACGAGGCCAUCCCGCAGCACAUCAACAGCACCAUUGUGGACCUUCGUAUGAAUGAAAACAAGAUUAAAAGUAUUCAGUACUCUGCCCUCAGUCGCUUUGCCAACCUGACCUACCUGAACCUGACCAAGAAUGAAAUCUCUUACAUCGAGGACGGGGCCUUUUCAGCUCAAUUUAACUUGCAAGUUCUUCAAAUGGGCUUCAACAAGUUGCGCAACUUAACAGAGGGGAUCCUCAGGGGUCUUGGAAAGCUGCAGUACCUCUACCUCCAGGCGAACCUGAUUGAGACUGUGACACCCAAUGCCUUUUGGGAAUGUCCCAACAUUGAGAACAUCGACUUGUCCAUGAACCGCAUCCAGCAGUUGGACGGCUCCACCUUCACCAGUCUGACUAAGCUGACCACCUGUGAGCUGUACACAAAUCCGUUCAACUGCUCCUGUGAACUGCUCGGUUUUGUCAAGUGGCUCUCGAUUUUCCCCAACAGGACAAAUGAGCGGAUGGUCUGCGACUCCCCGAGCGGCGUGUCCGGUUACAGCCUUCUAAGUCAGAACCCGAACAAUCCCACCUAUAAAAAUGCCCUUCACAUGCUCACCACCGUGUGCACCGACGACUACGUCACACCAUUUUUUCCAUUGCCAAUGGAGCCCACAACACCCCCGCCGGACUUCACCCUUUGUGGGCUCGAGGACUGUCCAUCGGGGACCGAGCCUGAGGACAUCAUCACCAACAACAUCAGUACAACCAACAACGAAGUGGAAGCAAACCCGCUGAUGAAGCUGAAGCAAGUGUCCAAUACGGGCGCCACCGUCACGGUUCAGAUCCCUUAUCCUUACAAAAAGAUGUACAUCCUGGUUCUGUACAACAACAGCUUUUUUACCGACAUUCAAAACCUGAAAGAAUUCAAGGAGGACGUUGAGCUGAAGAACCUCAAACCUCACACCAACUACACAUACUGCGUCGUUUCCAUUCGGAACUCCCUGAGACACAACCACACCUGUCUGACGAUCACCACCGGACCCUGGAAGGGGAAGUCGAGGGACGCCGGCAGCGCGACUACCACUCAUUACAUCGUGACCAUUUUGGCCUGCCUCUUCAGCAUGGUCAUCUUUCUCGGGAUGGUUUAUUACGGCUUGCGGCGGAAGCGCCAGCAAGACGAAAAGCACAAAAAGGCGGGGAGCCUGAAGAAAAACAUCAUGGAAUUGAAAUAUGGACAAGAACUGGAGGGUGGGACUGUUUCCCGCAUGUCCCAGAAACAGCUGCUGACUGGGGAGAGCAUGGCCCGUAUGCCCUACCUACCGCCUGCCAGUGAAAUGGAUCAGUACAAAUUUCAAGAAAUCAGUGAGACUCCCAAAAUCAUGAAGGGCAGUUACAUGGAGGUGCGAAGUCUGGACCACCACGAGCGCAGGGAGUGCGACAUGGGAAUGGCAGCAAAUAGCAAGGGCUCCGUGGCGGAGAUUUCUACCAUCGCGAAGGAGGUUGAUAAAGUCAACCAGAUCAUUAACAACUGCAUUGAUGCUCUCAAGACAGACUCCACUUCUUAUCAGGGGGUAAGAUCUGGAGCCGUUUCUAAUGCCGAGCCUCAGCUGGUGCUCAUAUCCGAGCAGCCGCAGAACAAAUCGGGCCUCCUGGCGCCUCCGUACAAGGACAGCUACCACCAUUCCCUGCAGAGACAUCGGUCCUCGGACGCCUCGCCUAAAAGGCCCAGCACAGCCUCAGGAAUGCGAAGUCCCCGGCCUUACCGUACCGAAUCCAGGUACAUUGAGAAAACGUCCCCGACGGGGGACACCAUCCUCACAGUGACACCCGCCGCCACCAUCCUGAGGGCCGAGGCCGAGAAGAUCCGUCAGUACGGCGACCACCGCCACUCCUAUCCCGAAACUCAGAUCGAGGAGCUGGAGGGACCCGACGGCAUCAAGUCGCCCAUGCUGGAGCCUUUCUCGCACCCCCGCUCCAGAGACUUGGCUUAUUCACAGCUGCCAGCUCAGUACCACAACCUGAGCUACUCUUCCAGUCCAGAGUAUUACUGCAAACCUUCGCACAGCAUCUGGGAGCGAUUCAAACUCCACCGGAAACGCCACAAAGAUGACGAAUACAUGGCGGCGGGCCACGCGCUCCGUAAGAAGGUGCAAUUUGCCAAGGAUGAGGACCUGCAUGAUAUUUUGGACUACUGGAAAGGUGUGUCAGCCCAACAUAAAUCGUAAUCUCCUUAGGUUUUUGUUUGUUUUUACAUGGACCACACCUUGCAGAACCUCACUGGACUUUCGAUCAACGGAUUCUAUCACGCUCAAAAUCACACAUGUAUCGCAUCCUCUUUUGACUGUGAGCGGGGAGGGAGGGGAGGGGGGGGGGUGGCAUUGUUUAUAAUAUUUGUCAUAUUGUGUAAAGAAUUCAUGGAGUGGGAAAAUUUUAAUCUAUUAAUGAGAAAAUAUACUGCAAAAUAAUAUUAUGUAUGUUACAUUGGAUUAUCGGUUUUUGGGUAUCGCAUGGCCAAGUCCUGUGAAAGUGGAUUUGCUGUUGUGUAAUAUGAAACUACUCUAUGGAACGAUGUUCACUGAAACCUCAAUAUUUUGUUGAUCUGGACUCUUAUUUUUUGUUUUUUAAUGCUGCAUAUAUUUAGUUUAUAUCUUACAUAAACUAUGUACAGAUUUGGACAUUUUUACCUGUACACUUUUUUUGCAGGCGACUCAUUGGAGGGAUCAGGAUUAAAGUCGUACAGGCGCACUAAGGAAAAGCGUGUCCCAAUUAAUUACACACAAAAGGAAUUUUGUUCAUUUUUCUUGUUUCCUUUCAGCCACUUCAAAGUAUUUGUACAAGAUAUUUUGUUUCUAUCAGUCUCAAGACAUUUCAUGUAUGAAGUUGUCAUUCGUCAGGCAUUUCUAAUUUUAUGACCAAAGUAGAAAAAAAAUUGUUUACAAUAUUCCUGCACGGUCUGGGAAGUGUACGAGCAUUUUUUUUUUCCAAAAAAAAAAUAUAUAUUUUCAAUCAGUUGCUCCUGGAAAUCAUAUUGAGAUAGUGGGGGGAAGGGGGGCAGCGGGGGAUCCAAUAGCUGCGUACGUGUUUGGAAGAUGAAAUGAUCAUAUUUCAAGAGGAAGCGGAAGGACUGCAAAAGCAUUUUCCCUGCUACACCGAGCCUGAUGGAUGAAUGUAACAUAUAAAAACUCUGACGUGUCGAUGGCAGCUUUUAUGUCUAUUUUACCGAAAGUAUUUAUUCAUGGCAAUGAACAAGUGUUUUGUUUUCCUUGCUUCCAAUGUACUAUAAUGCUCCGGCGUGAUAAAUCCGGGGGGGAUAACUUUGUUGGGCCUUGUCGCUCGCUGAGAGGGUUCGUCUACAUUUGAUUAAGCUGCAAGGCUGUUACGUCUUUUUGUAUAUUGCGAACAUUACUUACCGGAUGAACGAUGAUCAACACGCAAGAGUUAACACUUGAGAAUGUGAAGGAAAGAAAAAAAAAAAAGACUCUCUGACUUACUGGCUGUGAAUUUGUAUAUUAUGAAUUUUGGGCAGUAAAUUUGAAGACUUAACACGUCAAAAGGAUGUUUACAGAGCUCGUAUCCACGAGGGCUCAUCGGCGCGGGAUUCGUUGUAUAUUUAUGAAUGAGCAAUACAUAAAUGAAUGUCAGCUUGGUGACACCAUCGUUUAGUUCGGCUUCAUAUCACUCCUCAGCUACACAAAAGAAUUUGGGUGAUGCGCAUCAUGACCACUCAACGUUUGUCAACAACUGGGUCAUUUUGGACCGUCUUAGGUUUUUUUGUUUUGUUUUUUUUUAAGUUUCUGUCUUUAUAAAUUAAUUAAAAUGACUCCCCAUCUGUAAGGAUGUGAAAUUUAACUUUUAAAUCAAGUCUUGCGUGUUUGUGAGAGUGCAUAUAUUUUGAGAGAAAAUCAACACUUUGGAAUGAAUGACCAGGGGGAUGAAUAAUUUAAGCGCACGCAAGUGUGGGCACGAGGAAUGCAAUCAAUGGUUCAGUCAAUGUUCUGUUUGUAUGUGCUUUAGCCAUUUGUGUGAAAUGAAUUAUCCAUGAGCCCGACAUGGUUCCGACCCGUAAACACCUGGUGAUGUGUUAGCCUGACUUAAUAUUUCAAACGCCUUAAGAAUUUUUGAGAUAUCUUGUGUACAAGUGUAAAUUUCCUUUGUUUCAUUUCAAGCGUUGAUACUGUUUAAUGACGGGGUUUUUUUUUGUGUCUUUUUUUUUUAAUGAUUAAAAAAAAGCAUUUCGGUAUAUAAUGAGAGCAACAGGAGACUAUUAGUUCAUUUAGCUACUUAGCAAUGUGUUUUUUUCUACUGCAUAUUGUAGCACUUGUGUAUUAUAAAGAGUUUGAAGUGGUGACAAAAAAAAACCUUUAGAGAGAAACAGUUGUUCAAGUGCAUCAAAAACAAACAAGAGCACAAUAAUGUGUUUGGGUUUUUUUUUCUUUUUUUUUUUGUUUUUCUUAAUACUAUGUAAUCUGCUUUCAGACAAAGUACUGUGAAAUAAAGUUAAAGGUGCACAGUAA